UAAUAAUCAGAAAAUGUUGAUGGAGAAUGUGAAUGGGAUUUUCACUUCCGGGAACCUUACCCGUUGAGCUCUACGAUUGGUUCGAGCUCGCUGUUACCAUGGAAAUGCUUACCACACCGCAAUAUAUAAACUAAAAUAAUGAUGAUGAAGGAUAAAUUCAAGAAGAAGGUAAACUGUCGGUGGGAAGUAGUUGGAAAGACUUUCACAGCUGUUUAUGGGAUUGAGGCUGUAAAUAAGGAGCACCCCAUCCGUAACCGUGGUAACCGCGGUAAGCGUCGAGUGGAGCUGCCAGGACAGAACAGGAAGCUGAGUGCUUAUUCAAGAGUCGUCUGGAGUGUUUGGUUCCCUCAAGGAUAUGAGGGGGAGUGCGGCCUGUCUGCAUCUGGAGCAAUGGUGAGGUGUGGUGCCGGAAAACACACCUCAGCAAAUGGGAUCAUAUACAUGGGCGAGUGGCACGAGGACAGGAUGUGUGGCCGAGGGACCCUGAAGCUUCCCUCCGGAGCCCAGUAUGAAGGAGAAUUCAAAGACAACAUGUACCAUGGCACGGGGACAUACACUUUCCCAGACGGCUCUGCUUACAACGGUCAAUUUAGAGAGAACAGGUUGGAGGGAGAAGGAGCUUUCACUAACACACAAGGACGGGUUUGGAUGGGGGACUUUAAUGGUGAAGCAGCUCUGGGCCUGAAAAUGCAGCACAUUUAGAUCACUGCGCUCCGACACAGCAAACGUCUAUUCAUGUGAGCUUUACUUCACUCAGGAAAUAUCACACGCGGUUUAUUCUAAAAAAAAUAAAAUAAUAAAUCCAUGAA